AUGAGUGUUGUUGGUGCGCCGCUGUGUGGUGCGCACGACAGGCGGCAGCGUCGCCUGCUGCGCGGGAGGCAUCAGCUGCUCCUCCGCCUGCGUCGCCUGCGCAGAAAUCUGCGCUCCUGCAACCUGCCUGCGUCACCUGCGCAGAAAUCUGCGCUCCUGCAACCCGCCUGCGUCGCCUGCGCAGAAAUCUGCGCUCCUCCCGCCGCCUGCGUCGCCUGCGCAGAAAUCUGCGCUCAUGCCCCGCCUGCGCAGAAAUCUGCGUUCCUCCCCCCGCCUACCUCGCCUGCGCAGAAAUUUGCGCUCCUGCCCCCGCCUGCGUCGCCUGCGCUGAAAUCUGCGCUCCUGCCCCCGCCUGCGUCGCCUGCGCAGAAAUCUGCGCUCCUGCCCCCACCUGCGCAGAAAUCUGCGCUCCUGCCUCCGCCUGCCUCACCAGCGCAGAAAUCUGCGCUCCUGCCCCCGCCUGCGUCGCCUGCGCAGAAAUCUGCGCUCCUGCCCCCGCCUGCGUCGCCUGCGCAGNUGGAGGAGGUUGGUGCAGUGGAGGAGGUUGGUGCAGUGGAGGAGGCUGUGUUGUUGGUGCGCCGCUGUGUGGUGCGCAAGACAGGCGGCGGUGUCGCCUGCGCAGAAAUCUGCGCUCCUCUCCCGCCUGCUUCGCCUGCGCAGAAAUAUACGCUCCUGCCCCCGCCUGCGUCGCCUGCGCGUAAAUCUACGCUCCUGCCCCCGCCUGCGUCGCCUGCGCGGAAAUCUACGCUCCUCUCCCGCCUGCGUCGCCUGCGCAGAAAUCUACGCUCCUCCCCACGCCUGCGUCGCCUGCGCAGAAAUCUACGCUCCUCUCCCGCCUGUGUCGCCUGCGCAGAAAUCUGCGCUCCUCCCCCCACCCUGUCUCUUAUACACAUCUAG